UUCAAGUACCCGUUUAUUAUAUUUUCGGUUUAUUUCUUUCUUUACUUGACUGAUAUUUCACGUUUUAGCCACAUGCUUUAAAUUUGAAAAGUUUGAAUCAUUUAUCAUUUACGAUUGUUCUAUACAUUGCCGAAUAAAUAUUGAUUUAAAGAUUGUUUUAGUAAAUUCACCGAUUAAUUAUGACUUCCGAAGGAAUAAAUCCCAAAGCAUAUCCAUUAGCUGAUGACCAAUUGACUGCUAAAAUUUUGAAGCUAAUUCAACAAGCUGCAAAUUAUAAACAAAUUAAGAAAGGAGCUAAUGAGGCUACCAAAACAUUAGCAAGAAAUUUGGCCCAAUUGAUAGUUAUGGCCGCUGAUGCUGAACCAUUGGAAAUUUUAUUACACUUGCCUCUUCUGUGUGAAGAUAAAAAUGUUCCUUAUGUUUUUGUCAAAUCUAAACAUGCUCUUGGUCGUGCUUGUGGAGUAUCAAGAUCAGUUAUUGCAUGUUCGAUUAUUGCCAAUGAAGGAAGCCAAUUGACACCUCAAAUCACAUCUCUACAGAGUGAAAUUGAAAAGCUCCUUAUUUAAUUAAUUUUUGAAAUUUUUUGCUCUAUUUUCCAUAUAAAGUUAUUUAAUUGGAAA